AUAACGAAACGUUCUGCGAUCGCGACGUACAGCGACGUAUAACGAAAGAGAAGAAAAAAUGCGAGCACCUCGUGUAGAUAUUGCGGGAGAGGUGAUCUGCGUGACGUAAGAAGGAAAACUAAGAGAGGAGGAGUUUAUGAAUCACGAAUCGCGAGAGGCACAGGAGCAAAGUGUUUAAGAAUACACGCGAGUGGUGGUUCUUCGUUAUGCGUGUGCGAUAUUUCACGCGCGAUGAGUACGAUUACUUGAAAAUUGCUCGCUGGAUCGUAAUAUUUAAGAUAAAUUGCUUAUCCACCUCGGUUUAAAUAUCUGCUAAUAGUAGCUUAUACUAAUUGGAACUUGUAUACAUUCGAACUGCAACUGUAAUUUUUUUCAUUGAGAGCACACAUAGAUAUUGCUCAUGCAGUUCUAUGUAGAUAUGAUAGACAAAACCAAAAGUUGUCGCAUGUUUGUAUAUUCGGUGAAUACAUGUCAAGAUGGCAAUCGGAAAUGUUAUUUGUGGAGCCAGUACUCCUAAAGUGAAGAGAAAAAAGGCAAAGACAACUGAGCGCAGUUGGAUAGAGGCAACUUUUCAAAAGAGGGAGUGUUCGAAAUUUAUUCCAAGCGCUGAAGAUGAACAUAGGUUUAUACAAGUUAAGGGAGAUAGGAAUGCAGAGUAUGACGUGAUCACCACUUCCAGGUGUUGUUGCGGGUACUCGUACACUCAUCACUGCAGAGCUGGUAUAGAUGUACAAAGUUAUACCACUAGUAAUACCAAAGAGAAAGAUCGAAAGCAAUGGUCGCCCGCAAAAAAUACAAGGCCCUUCCCGACCGAUGCCUACGGUACCAUCGAGUUUCAAGGUGGACCACAUCCAACCAAAGCUCAGUAUGUCAGGCUCGCUCAUGACACAAGACCAGAACCGAUAGUACAAUUAUUAUGUCGCCAAUGGAACUUAGGAUUGCCCAAGUUGUUGAUAACCGUGCACGGCGGUCGUUCCAACUUCGAACUGCAGCCUACUUUGAAGAAGGUGCUGAGAAAGGGUCUGUUGAAGGCUGCGAAGACAACCGGCGCAUGGAUAUUUACUGGUGGGACUAACACAGGUGUAACGAGGCAAGUGGGAGAUGCAUUGUUAUUAGAAAGAGCUCAGAGGCAAGGUCGAGUAGUUAGCAUUGGUAUAGCACCAUGGGGAAUCUUGGACAAGAAUCAUGAACUCGUUAGCCGUGGAGGUGAAGUGCCAUAUGAUUGCCUUUCAUCUCCGUGGUCUAAAUACGCAGUUUUAAAUAAUCGUCAUGCGUAUUUUUUACUGGUGGACAACGGCACGGGUGGUCGAUACGGCGCAGAAAUCAAGCUGCGUAGGGAAUUAGAGAAAUACAUUUCUAAUCUGAAACUGCAGCCUUAUACACACAGCAGUAUACCAGUCGUGGCAUUGGUAAUCGAAGGAGGAACGAAUACGAUUCGAUCGGUUUUGGAGUAUGUUACAGACGAUCCUCCCGUUCCUGUAGUUGUCUGUGAUGGAUCGGGUCGCGCAGCCGAUCUCAUCGCUUUCAUGCACAAAUACGCGUCUGAAAUGGACGGGGAGACUAAAGAGAACGAGGGACCAUUAGAGAAUAUGAAAGAACAUCUCUUAGAAACAAUCAUGCGUACUUUCAAAGUAUCCCCAGUACAAGCCGAACAAUUGUACAGCGAACUCUUGGAGUGUACACGAAAGAAACACUUGAUAACAGUAUUUAGGAUAACUCAAGACAGGCCACAGGAGCUCGAUCAAACGAUUCUCACAGCUCUGUUCAAGUCCAAACAGUUAUCCCCAGCUGAACAACUAUCGUUAUCAUUAAUUUGGAAUCGAGUGGAUAUAGCACGCAGUGAAAUAUUCAUUUACGGUCAAAAGUGGCCGCCUGGUGCUUUGGAACAGUCAAUGAUGCAAGCUUUGCAACACGACAGGAUCGAUUUCGUAAAGCUACUCUUGGAGAAUGGUGUCUCCAUGCGAAAAUUUUUAUCCAUACCGCGACUUGAAGAAUUAUACAGUACCAAAGAAGGCCCUUCGAACACAUUGGGCUACAUCCUCCGCGACGUUCGACCGAACAUUCCGCGGGGUUACAUGUACACUCUACACGAUAUCGGUUUGGUGAUCAAUAAGUUAAUGGGCGGUGCGUAUCGCUCACAGUACACACGCAGAAGAUUCCGCAUGAUCUAUACGAAAGUGAUGAAGAGAUCCGGGGCACACCCUCAGCAUAUGCAUAGGAACAGCUGCAUCCUGGGUACCAAUGCUCGUUAUUACUCGGGCGGCUCUGGCAGUAAACAGGACAGUUUAACGAUGAGCUUGCUUGCCGAGACGUUACCGGCUAAUCGAGACAUGCCAUUGUUCGAUUAUCCAUUCAACGAACUGCUUAUAUGGGCUGUUUUAACUAAACGACAGCAAAUGGCUUUGUUAAUGUGGCAGCAUGGAGAGGAGGCCUUAGCGAAGGCGUUGGUUGCCCUCAAAUUGUAUAAAGCUAUGGCGCACGAAGCCGCUGAGGAUGAUCUCGAAACCGAGGUUUACGACGAAUUGAGAAGCUACGGAAAGGAAUUUGAAAAUAUCGCUGUGGAACUGUUAGACUAUUGUUACCGUCAAGACGACGAUCAAACGCAACAACUGUUGACGUCUGAACUGCAGAAUUGGUCUGGUCAGACGUGCCUCUCUCUGGCAGUUACUGCUAAUCACAGACCUCUUUUAGCACAUCCCUGUAGCCAAAUUAUUUUAGCCGAUCUCUGGAUGGGUGGGCUCCGUACUCGCAAAAAUACAAAUUUAAAGGUCGUGCUGGGACUGGUUUGUCCAUUUUAUAUAACGCGUUUGGAGUUUAAAAGCCGCGAAGAAUUGCAAUUGAUGCCUCAAACGCAGGAAGAACAUAAGAUAGCUCUCGAGGAUGAGAAAGAGGAUAGCGACUCGGAGCACAGUGCCCCGACGGGUCCAGACGUCGAGAAACGUCAGCGCAGGAGCCUGAGCGUACGCAAAAUAUCCAGCAGCCAACAAGGCGCUAAGUUAUCGUCGAGGAAAACCUCUAUUUAUUCAAUAUCGGAAUCCGUACCGGCUCUGAUCAGCAACGAGCACACUACGACUGUAGCGAAGGAGACGAUCGUACAAGAAAACGGAAAAGUGUUGACUGACGUCGACGACGGGAUCCAUCGUGCAUCAUUCGGCAUUCAGUCCGACUACUAUGACAUUAAGAACAGCAGGCCUUUGAAGCUUAGGAAAAAAUUAUACGAGUUUUACACUGCACCCAUCACCAAAUUCUGGGCGAACGCUAUAGCAUACAUCAUCUUCUUGGUACUCUUCUCGUACAGUAUCCUUAUACACAUGGAUGAUCACCCAUCGUUGGCAGAGAUUUACGCGAUUGCUUAUAUCUGCACGCUCGGGUGCGAGAAGGUGCGAGAGAUAGCGACAUCCGAGCCAGCUACCCUCUCGCACAAGUUCAGCGUGUGGGCGUGGAAUAUGUGGAAUCCCUGCGACGCGGCUGCUAUAAUAUUUUUUCAAAUCGGUCUCGCCCUGCGUCUGAGGCAUUCCACCCUCGACAUUGGUCGCGUCAUUUACUGCGUCGACUGUAUCUAUUGGUACUUGAGGAUACUGAACAUUCUCGGAGUGAAUAAAUACUUUGGUCCUCUGGUUACAAUGAUGGGUAAAAUGGUGAAGAACAUGACGUAUUUCGUGGUACUCUUAAUAGUGGUGUUAAUGAGUUUCGGUGUCAGUCGUCAAGCAAUUUUGAACCCUAACGCCGAGCCCAAGUGGAGAAUUCUUCGAGAUAUAUUUAUGGAACCAUACUUCAUGUUGUACGGAGAGGUAUACGCGGACAAUAUAGAUCCCGACUGCGGCAACGAGCCGGGAAUGAUUCCGUGUCUUCCUGGACGGUGGAUCACGCCUGCAGUAAUGUCCAUUUAUCUUUUAGUCGCGAACAUAUUAUUGAUAAACUUACUGAUCGCGGUGUUUAAUAACAUAUUCAACGAGGUAAACGCGGUGGCGCACCAAGUAUGGAUGUUCCAGCGUUUUACUGUUGUUAUGGAGUACGAACAGAAGCCAGUUUUACCACCCCCGCUGAUUGUAGUUUGUCACUUGUAUCUGGUGGUGAGAUAUUUGCUGCGAUAUGUGACACAAGGGAAAGCAAGUACCGGCGAAACGUAUGACAACGGGCUGAAGUUGUUCUUGGAAGCAGACGACAUGGAACGGUUGUACGAUUUCGAGGAGGACUGCGUCGAGGGAUACUUCCGUGAACAAGAGCUCAAGCUGCAGAUGUCAACGGAGGAGCGUAUCAAGCAGACCACGGAAAGGGUCGAAAACAUGAACUCGAAGAUCGAGGAUAUCGACAAGAAGGAGAGUACUCAGAACGCUUCUCUUCAGUCGGUUGAGUUUCGCAUUCGAAAAUUAGAAGAGCUGAACGAGCAAACGCUGGCACACUUAGGAGUCAUUCACCGAUUCAUGGCAACUCAUAUGCCCAAUAUGGAAGGUCUUUCGACUUUAGAUAUAGAGAGCCGACAACGAAGAGUGUCUGAAAGAUCGGAAGUUCUUUCGGAGACGGACUCUCAUACGCAGCUGCCGACCAUCGCAGUAAAACGCAAGAGACUAAUCCGUUCCCUGACAGACGGCACGUUCCUCGGCAUGGUUCCGUUAGAUGACGAUAUCUUAAAGCACUCGGAGACCAUCGCGUCGCGGGAGAACCUGAGCAGGAACGAAUCCUCGAUAAGCGGAGACGGUCCGACUAUUCAAGACGACGCGAAGACUACUACGAGCCAGGGAACCGAAGUGAGCAAGGCGGAAGGUGAAGGAGACACCGUAAAGAAAGAGUCGCAAACCGAUAGUAGAGAAACGAGCCGAGAGGCAAGUGCAGAACCGAGUAGUAAGGAGCCGAGUAGCAAGGAGCCGAGCAGUAAGGAACCGAGCAGCAAAGAACCGAGCACGGAUCCAAGCAGACAAACGAGUAGAGAAUUGAGCAGGGAGACUAGUAGAGAUGCCACUAGCAAGGAACCGAGCAGAGAAGCGAGCAGCGAGGCGCCAGCUUCCGAGCCUAUUAGACAAGAUUCCAUCGAACGACCGACUAGACAAAACAGUAGGACCCGUUCGGAAUCAGACGAUGUGAUAGUUCCGGCUACUGGGAACCCGAGAGGAGUAACUUGGGCCGAUCCUCGCGUCGCGGUGAUUCCUUCGGUUUCCUCAACGAGCAGCGCUCAGACAUCAAUUCUACUAGCCAUGCGUGCAGAAUACACGAGCAUAACAGAUGAGUUAGAGAGCUUGCUAAGCCCGACACCGCCCAUUCAACCGCGCACGAGGGUCAGAUACUUAUCCGAAAUGUCAAACUCUGAAAUGGCUCUACAAAUCGAGAACGAACAUCUGCGUAAUGCCGAAGAAUGCGACUACCAGCAGAUGGAAGAUCUGAUACACAGGCGAGAGCUCGGGGACGAGGACGACUCGCUGCACGUGUCGGACGAAGCCAGUAACUUUUUCAUAUCUAACGAGCACAGGCAUAAACUCAGGAGGGCUUCCGCUAUCGACGAGGAGCAACAACAACAAUCGUCCCGAAGGCCACCGCCUACGAUUAGCGUCACCAGGGAGAUCGAGCAGACGCUUUCAAGGCCGCCGAUCAGGGACUCAGAGAAUGCGGAUCCUAACGAUAAGAAUUUGUCGACUGUACCAGCUCCAGCGUCCGAGAUCAUGUGCUAAUGAGCGUGAUAAUCUCUCGAGGUAACUCGAUCAUGAUCUAACUCAUAAUUUGUGCUCGAUGAGUCUGUAGAAGUCCACCAUUACGAUAAAGUACGUAUUUUAAUUUUCGGUGAAACGAUGAGAACAAGUCAGAUUCUUUUUUACAAAGUUUGAUUUUUAAAAUCGUGUUUUUGCUUCUUGUGUCAGCUUGAUUCUCAUCGUUUCUUCCGGUAUUUUUGCAAUCGCAUGAUUGAUAUUAAUAACAAUUUAGAGAAUUGAACAAAACUGAAAAAUGGUAGCACGUACUUAUGAAUGAAGUGCAUUUUUCUGAUCACUUAUUUAUACUGUAAAUUAGGUUUAAAGCCGAAAAGUUUUAAUCGCGAUUUUAAUGAAUUUUUUCGCGAAUAGUCUAAUUGAUUUUAUUCUUAAUGUACUUAUUGUAAUUGUAUAUACAUAUAGGCGAGUGUACAUAUGAAUACUUAAGAUUGCCGAACUAAGUUCGCUGAUAUAUUAAUUAAUUCAAUGCUUCCAUACUACGGUGUGUAAUUUUUAAUCUAAUCUUCCGUUUGCUUCUUAACUAUGCGAUAUACAUGUUUUUAAAGUAACUUAUUUGCGUAGCCAAUUUUCAAGAAUCACAUUUAUGUGUUUGAAAAAGUAAUUUUAAUGCAAUUUAUGCAUGUUCAGUGUAAUUUAAUUUACACCUUUACUUCUUCAAACUGUUACUUUUAUGUGAUGUGAUUUCAUGAUAUUUUUUAGAAUUUUCAUCUACAUGUGAUCAUCUUAUUUUAACAUGAAACACUUUCGUUAAAACUAAUUCGUUUAACGAUUUUUAUCACAAUUAUUUUUUGGAAAUAACAUUGUUUCUACAGUGCGUGGAUCAUGCAUUUUAUUAUGUCUUUGCAAUAUUAUUCCUAUUUAUGAAUGUAGUGCAUCAGGAAUGCGCAUAAUUUAUGGCAAGGAUUAUAUUUUAACGUCGCAAUUAAAAAGUCGGUUCGUUCAUCGCAAAAGGUGGUUACUACGAGCAUUCAAAUGAAUCUGAUCUAAUCCGAUUAUAACUGAUUCUAUGCUCAGUCUCCGUUCAUAUAACUUAAUCUUUAAAAAACACGUCCGUAAUUAUAUCUUACUCGUCGAAUCACAGCGUACAGAACAUCAUUGAAGUCCGCGUCGACUGUAUCGAACGUUUUUUCUAACAACGAUGAAAUAACAAAAAUCGAUAAUGCAGUUUCACCUAGUUUUCGCAAUCAAUCCUCUCUUUUUUCUUCUUUUUUUUAGAACAUCUUACAUUGAGAAUAUCAUUAGCAUCUCCGAUAUCAUUAGCAGUAAAAUGAAAACAGAGAGAAGAUUCGAUACCGAUUUGUGUUCAAACGUUCUAACGAAGAAAUUAGGUGAAACUAGAUUAGCGAAAUUCUCACGAUAUACAAAUGUAUGUUGGUGCUGCAUUUUAUAAACGAUUACAGAGGCAACAUCUUUCAAUAUCGUAUCGAGACCAGAACGAGAUUUAACGAGAGGCGAGUUAGUCCUUCUCACUUGAAAUGUUAGCAAAAUUUAGAAAAUAUUAAAUCGAUGUCCAGUUUCAUUAGAUCGCAAACAUUCUUUAAAAUGAAAUUUUUAAUGGUAACAAAAAUGAUAAACGAAGUCAUUUUUCGAGUGCAAAGGAUUAAACUGCAACACGUGUGCUUAAUCAAACGUUGGGUACUCAUAAUUAGUGUAAAGGAACUCCGAUGAUUACGUGUAAAAUGUGACUUAAUACGCAGCUUUUUUAUCUUUUAGACACGUGCGAAUCUGCAUCGAGAACUAGAUGCUAAAGAAACGAAGCUUGGCUAUUUUAUAUUUUUAUAACUAUUACGUGGUUCCAAUUAUUUUCUCUUGGUUGAUCAGUUAAAUAUUGCAUACGCAGAUAGAGAACAUUUCUAUCAUCUGAUAGCAUUAAAAUAAUUUUAAAAGGAAAGGGUUGACUGGAAUAGGGAAACCGACUUCUGUUCAUUUUCAACAUAAAUUACAUGAAAAAGAGUGCAAUUUAAAUUAAUUAGAAUUCUUGUCGAACGAUUCGCACGCGUCUACGCGUCGUUACUGCCGAAACGUUUUUUAUCAAUUUUUUGAAUGUACAUAUUUAGGGCCUUACACCACGUUACUACCUGCUGCGUUGAACACGAAAUUUACGGACCACUUAAUAACCGAGAUGUAAAAAGAAAACGAUAAAAAAAAUGUUAAAUAAGCGAAGCAAACCAUAUCACGCGGACAAUUAUUACGUUCCUCGAAGGACGAGAGCCAAUCCGUGUUAAAAAAUAAUAUCUUACUGUGUAGUAAGCGAGGAUACAAGUUAAUAUAAGAAGGGGAAAAGAACGAAACGAACAUGCCUAAUUGUAUAGAAAAAUUGUGCAUAGUUAGAAAAAUUUUAAGGAAAGCGAUGCGAGAAGGCGAAUCUAAGACUGUACAUCACACGACAACGCUUGUUUUACUCUAGGAUCAGUAAAUAGAGCGCGAGUAGCAAUGAAUUGUUAAUCCUGUACGAGAAUUACGGAAUGCCAUUGUUAAAUAAUAUUUCCUUUAGUUUAUUCCCGAGUUCGAGGUGAAAAUCAUUUCGUUUUCUAUUUCCGAAACGGAUUUGAUUUCAAGUUUGCAUCGAACCGCUGUCCUAGUUCAAUUUUACUUAACAGAUACAUACUAAUUUAACGAAGUUGCUAGUUCAACGUUCCAUCUUAGGACUGUGGAUUUGCAAAACGAGGAACACAGAACGCGUAGUAAUGUUGAACCAAAGAGUGAGCCAAAUUUGGAUUUCAUUUUUUAAUGUUGUUGCACGAAUCCACAGUCUGAUAAUCGAGAAUGUAACGUCCAUUUACAUUCUGGUGUAGUUAAAACAAUCAUUAGUAUUAUUGUUGUGUGUAUUGAGGUGAUCACACACUUAAAUGAAAUUAAACAAGGUUUUUCAACAUGCCCAACGAAUUGAAAUGACAUCCAUGAGAAAAGGUGCUAUCAUGUAAAUCGAGUCUUAUCAAGGAUCGAUGACAGGCACAAUCAAGCAACGAACACGGUCGCGAUUUGCUGAGUUCAUAGCUGUGUACAUCGACUUACUGUUUUCAAGUACACGAGGAAGAAUCAGAAACAUCGUUCCAGUCAUUCAACGUGUCAAUUUACACUGCUAUGACUCUUGGCUAAUAAUCAUAUCCAGGCAAACGCGUACUAUAAAUGUAUAUUUUCAUAAGACGCUUCGUUGUGAAUUUUAAAACAAAGAGAAGCUUCCAAAGACAGAUCUUUUGUCUCUCAUUGCUCCUUCUCACAGCAGACUUUAGCAUAACGUUAAAGCGUACCCGUAAAAGGCACGAAACAAAGUUUGCUCAACAUAUUUCAUAUAUCAUAAGGUCACGUGCGAGCUCGUCUCGUUUGUUAAUAACGAAGCGUUGUGUUAAUAACGUUUCGCAGUACGAAAUACUUGAAAGGUUUUCAGUUUGCAAAGACUGCACGCACGUGUCCAAAAAUAAUUGUACGAUGGAAAAUACAUGUAUCACUUUGUUAAA